AUGGACGACACAACAGUGUCUAAAACAUCAGUGUACCAACAGGAUGACUUGCAGCCCACCUCAAAACAGGAGGAGCAGUUGGGUCGCAUGGAUAGGCACAUCGAAACCUUGCAGAAAGAGCAUCCCGAGUGGGAUUUGAAAGCAAGCUCCCGCUGGUGGGCGACUAGUAUCGCUCUCGGCGCAGAUCUCCAGAAAACACUUGACCAAGACACCCAAGAUAAGGUGAACCACUGCUUUGCGAGAAUUUUUGAGCAGAACUUUGCCCCACCUGCCGUGGAAGAGGCCCACACCGAGAUGAAAUCGAUCUUGACUGGACACCCCGAUAUUCUAAGACAGAUGGAGGCUUCUUUUUUUGAGCGAGAGGGGGCGUUGGCUGAGAUUUAUCAAUAUACAACGUUGAACGCGGUUGCCGGGAAAGCGUUGGGUAGUUGUGCGGCAAUGCCCCGGUGA